GGAAGUGAAACACGUUUGGAACUUGAGUGAACUGUCCGAGUGAGGCAUGGAGUGCUGCGGCAGCUCUGUACUACAAACUAUCUGUGGACAAAUUAAACACCUUUUAUCGCAGUGAAUAUUUCAAGGGUCCGUUAACAGACUUCAAUGGCGCCACCCCGAAGGACUUGAUACAUGUUGGACUACUUCGCAGCACCUGUUGGAAACAGAAAACCUUUCUUUUCUACCAAAACAUUUACCGGCGACGUCAGCUCCCCAAGGGUGUCGUCUAUUUGCUGGAACAUUUGUCUACGAUAAUGAACUCUGAAACAUUCAACAAACCUUUGGGAGGACACAGAGGAGGAUAAUCUCUCAGGACCAAGUAAAGACUUCCAAUCCUGAGAAAGUGUUAAAAACAUGCCCUUGCCAUUUGGCUUCAAACUCAAAAGGACCAGAAGGUAUACGGUUUCAAGCAAGAGCUGUCUAGUCACUCGGAUCCAGCAGCUCAAUGGAGAUUUUGUUGAGUUUACACUUUCAGUGGAGAGCACCGGGCAGGAAUGUUUAGAAGCAGUUGCCCAGAGACUGGAGUUAAGAGAUAUAACAUACUUCAGUCUGUGGUACUUCAACAAGCAAAACCAGCAGCGGUGGAUAGACUUGGAGAAACCGCUGAAAAAGCAGCUGGACAAGCAUGGGUUGGAGCCCACCGUUUACUUUGGAGUCGUGUUCUACAUACCUAGUGUGGCCCAACUGCAACAGGAGAUCACAAGAUAUCAGUAUUACCUGCAGCUGAAGAAGGAUGUUUUGGAAAGAAGGAUCUCUUGCUCACUCGAUCAAGCUAUACGGUUAGCUAGCCUGGCAGUGCAAGCUGACUUUGGAGACUUCAAUCGAUAUGAUUCACAAGAGUUUUUGCAAAAGUUUGUGCUCUUCCCUAUUGGCUGGAUUCAGGAUGAGAGAGUUCUGGAGGAGGCCACCCAGAAAGUCGCUCUGCUCUAUCAGUCCUACAGGGGUUUGCCAGCACCAGAGGCUGAGAUGUUGUACAUGCAGGAGGUGGAAAAAAUGGAGGGCUAUGGUGAGGAAAACUAUCAAGCCAAGGACAGCACAGGCUCUGAUGUCACCAUUGGAUCGUGCCUGGAAGGCAUCUUUGUUAAGCACAAAAAUGGAAGGCCGCUCCAUCUGUUUAGGUGGAACGAAAUUAACAACAUGAGUCACAACAGGUCCUUCUUUGCCCUGGAGCUAACAAACAGAGAGGAGAGUGUUCAGUUCCAGACUGAAGACAUGGAAACCUCCAAAUACGUGUGUCGAAUGUGUCUGGCCAGACACAAGUUUUAUAGGAAUAACAAGAGUAACCUGCAAACCCAGCCCACAGUUGUAAACCCAGUCAGAAGAAGGUCCUCCACUAGAAUAUCCUUGCCAAAGCCUCCGGCCUACAUGAUGCCUCCUCCACAGAUGCACUACAAUGGCCAUUUCACAGAACCUUACACAUCGUCACAAGACAACCUGUACAUAAACAGUCAGAAUGGUUAUUACUACCACUCACAGACCAGCUUGGAUUGCCCUCCUUUUGAAUACAACAGUGGAGGGCGAUUACGUAACGGCAGUGUCUACAGCGCCCACAGCACCAGCUCUCUAACUAAUCCUCAACACUACCUCCAGCCUUCGCCCAUGUCCUCAAAUCCCUCCAUCACCAGUGACAUCACCAGACCGGACUACGUCCCCUCUCACCGGCACAGCGCUCUCAUCCCACCUUCUUACCGUAACACUCCAGAUUAUGAGACAGUAAUACGUCAGAAGACCAGGGUAGUAGGAGGUGGAGGAGGGGGUGGAGGAGGAGGGAUGAUGUUCUCUCAGGAGCAUCGGCAGAGCCACUCAAUGAGGAAUCUGAAUAUUGGGAACUCUUACGCCUACAGUAGACCAGACCCUUUAGUUUACAGCCAGCCAGAAAUAAGGGGGGAACACGGUGGCGGAGCCGCCCAACACCAUCAUUAUCCUUUCCACCUGGGCUCCAGCUUUCACAGUCCGUCUCCUUACCCCUAUCCGACAGAGAGGAGGCCGGUGGUUGGAGCCGUUAGUGUCCCUGAACUGACAAAUGUCCAGUUACAACAAGCUCAAGAGUAUCCUGCCCCAAAUAUUAUGAAAACCCAAGUGUACCGUCCACCUCCACCUUACCCAUACGCCCAUCCUCGCCCUGCAAACAGCACACCUGACCUGUCACGUCACCUGUAUGUCAGCAGCAGCAACCCAGACCUGAUCACCAGACGAGUGCACCACUCAGUUCAGACUUUCCAAGAAGACAGUCUCCCUGUAGCCCACUCUUUGCAGGAGGUUUCAGAGCCUCUUUACAGCGGACCCCUACACAGACACCCAUACAGUGCUCAAAAACGUAACUCCAUAGAAAUUGCCGGACUGACUCAUAGUAUCGAGGCAAUGAGGGUCAAGGAGCGGACUGUUUCUUCUUCUUCGGCAGCAGAAAUCGAAACUCCUCCACCGGUGAUGCGUGGUGGACGCUCUCAUGGCUCACAGCUCAACAUGGUCUUAGAGCGAGCAAAGACUGAAGAACGGGGGGACAUUAAGGAAGACGCACAUUACGGACACAAAAAGUCCCUUUCGGAUGCCACCAUGCUGGUUCACAGCAGCGAUGAUGAAGAGUACUUUGAGGACGACAGUGGACGUCACACUCCGCUGUCCCAGGAUGCCAUUGCAGCCAUUGUUCCUGAGCAGAUGCCUCAACAGCACCCUAGCAUGACCUCCCUCUCCUCUUUACUGUCUCAGCAGCAGACUCCCGUAGAGCCUCCUCCUGCAUAUCCUAUUGGCUCCUCUCUCAGCCCUUCAGUAACUGGCUCUCUGACGUACAAGAUUCACCCUCUCAUCCAGGAUACGGAACCUCUGUACCUGCUGUCUGAGCUACGACAGCCCAGGAUCAUGCCCUCGGUCUCAGAGGGAGACCUGAGUGGUCAGGUCAAACUGAAGCCUAAACAAGAGUUCAAGAAGAGGCCGGUGUCAGAUGUUUUUGCUGGAAAGAAAACGAUAGAAGGUUUGCCUCCACCGGGCAUGAAGAAAGGAGUGAGGUCAGAGGUGAAGAAGAUGGGUCCACUCAAGGUGGCGAAGCUCAACGGCCUGUCUGUGUCCAGGCAGCCCAUGUUUGACGAGAUCAAGGAUGAACCUGAACAAGCCUCCAACGACGAGAGGUGUAAGCUGCUGGAGCAGCACAUGGACGGAGGGGAGCUUCUCAGCGAAUACGAGAAUAUCCCAAAGCGUCCUGGAGGAAAAUUCUCCAUCGCCAUGCUGCCAGAGAGUGGAGACAAAAACCGCUUCCAGGACGUCCUGCCCUAUGACAGCAACCGAGUGGAGCUGGUUCCCACCAAAGAGAACAACACAGGAUACAUCAACGCGUCCCAUGUCAGAAUCACAGUGUCUGGUCAGGAGUGGAGCUACAUUGCCUCACAGGGUCCAAUGUCCAACACGUGUCAGGACUUCUGGCAGAUGGUGUGGGAGCAGGGCGUCUCCAUCAUUGCCAUGGUUACAGCUGAGGAGGAGAACGGCCGAGAGAAGUGUUUCAGGUACUGGCCGCGGCUCGGCUCAAGACACAACACCGUGACGUACGGGCACUUCAAAAUCACGACCCGUUUCCGCACAGAGUCAGGCUGCUACGCUACAACGGGGCUAAAGAUCAAACACCUCCUGAUGGGUCGGGAGAGGACGAUGUGGCACCUGCAGUACACCGACUGGCCUGACCACGGCUGUCCUGAGGACUUAAAAGGAUUCCUCACGUACCUGGAGGAGGUCCAGUCUGUGAGGAGACACACCAACAGCAUCAGCGACCCAAAGAACACUAACCUACCUGUUCUGGUCCACUGCAGCGCUGGAGUGGGUCGAACCGGAGUGGUCAUCUUAUCAGAGAUAUUGAUCGCCUGUUUAGAACACAACGAGCCUCUGAACGUCCCUGAGGUUCUGUUCAAGCUCCGUACUCAGAGGAUGAUGAUGGUCCAGACCCUGUCCCAGUACAACUUUGUCUACAAAGUCCUCAUCCAGUACCUGCGGAACUCCAGGCUGAUCUGAGCUCAGGCCUCGGUUCUAUGGUCAGGUCUGGGUCUCUGAGUGACCUCAUAGGCCAAGUAUUAAAUCAAGCAGGGCCACAGAAAGGAUGAUGGAUGGACGGAUGGAUGUAUUUACAAAAAAGACGACGCAGUGCCCCCUGAAGGAGCAUGAAGACACUAAAACCUGCCUUUGACAGUAUUACAUUGUUGUUUUCAUACGUUUUUGCUUGAAAAAUGUCAGCACUUUUUGUAGAAUUCUGCUGUAAAUAUUAAACCAAUGUUCUGCUGCAUUGAAGAUAAAUCUACAGUUGUUUUUUUGUGCGAGGAAGUUCAGAUUUUUGAUACAGAUACUAUUUUAUAUAUAUUAAUUUAUAACUAUUUUAUUACUUCCUUAUGAUGUAAAAUCUAAUAAUUUAUUUUAACAACUGUGUCUGAGAAUGUGUUGCAUGAAAAUUGAAUUUAAUAUUGCAGAAAUCUGUAAUAUGUUCGGUCAUGGGUGAAAUGUUGAGUAUAAUUUCAUUCCCGUUUUUUCUUAAACUGGAGGAAAAGAAAUCAAGUUAUUUUCUUGAACCACAGCAUUUUGCUUUUGUUUACUUAACAUUUUUGUUGGUUGUUCAAACACACUGACUGUUGAGUGGAGACUGAAAUUAAU